AUGCUCAUCGCCGUAGUUCCCGCUUCACCCAAAACAGGCCAGGCGGCAAUCCGCGCCCUACUCAACUCAACCCAAACAACCACGCCUAUCACCGUGAAAGGCGUAUAUAGGGAUCUGUCUCGAGUACCAGAAGAAUUUCUUUCGAACCCUCAUUUCCAAGCAUCGAAGGGCGAUGUAAGUGACGCAACGAGCCUGGAUCUCACCGGCGUCGACGCCGUUCUCGCGAUCACCCCGCCGCGAUACGAUGGUUCGGACUUUCUGGCUUGUGCAAGGACAGCAUCGGAAAAUACGCGUCUCGCCAUUCAGAAGUCUGGAUCUGUUAAGCGUCUGGUCCUGCUUUCUAGUAUGGGGGCUGAACAUGAGUCGGGAACUGGGGAAAUUAUGACAAACCAUAUCGCCGAAACAAUCUUGAAGGACGCAGCACCAGAGGUCGUCAUAUGUAGAUGUGCCUAUUUCAUGGAGAACUGGGCUAUGGGGGUUCAGACGGCAAAGUCUGAGCAGCCUCAUCUCUAUUCGUAUAUUACUCCUGCAGAUUUCGAGGUCCCUAUGGUUUGUUUCCUCUCUCUCUAUGUUCAACACGAAAUUCUUAUGUUAAUCAAUCCCCUAAAUCAGGUCGCCGUCAAAGACAUGGGCCAAGCCUUUGCAACUUAUUUACUCAAGCCCGACAUUCCGGAACGACCCCAUAUUGUUGACGUCCAUGGACCGAGAUCCUAUACGCCGAAGGAUGUGCAAAAGGCCUUCGAAGAGGCUGUGGGCAAGGAAGUUGAACUCCGACUUGUCGAGAGAAAAGAUCUAUCGCAGUUCUUUGCGGGUUUCCUCCCAAAAAACGUGGCCGAGGCUUUCACUGAGAUGACCGAUGCCUUUUUGCCGGGAGGUAUCAUGGCGCCUGCUAAUGCGGAAAAUUCAAGUAGUGAUCGAGUCUGGAGGGGAAAGACGGAGUUGAGGGAAGCUAUUCGGGAGCUUUGUGAAGGGUCUGGGUAUAAAUUGAGUCAAAAGCCAUCUUAG